GAUCUCCGCCUGUUUCAGUGUAUAGUCAAUGCAAACUCAACAGCGUGCGUCUUGGGAAUUACGACGUUCUAGGAGUGAAAUAGUGAUUAUUUUCAGACUGUUACCUCUUCGUCAAUACACUUGCUGAAUUUUGGACUAUUUCCCUCGGAAAUAUCUCGCGGAAUUUAUUUUGGAGAUAAGACUUUGGCUCCUGAAUUGUGUCGCCGGUGGAGAGGUCCUCAAAGGCCCAUCGCUCCUAAUGCCCCCAGAGGUAGUCAGUCAGUUGGGAGGAAGAAUUCAGCCCAUACCUCUUAAAUUCAGAACCCUUCAGAAUCCUGUUCUGUCCUCUGAUUUGGGAUUCCUACUGGAUGUUCACUCUGUACCGAUUGGCUCAUCGAAUCCCACUGCCGUUGUUGGACGAUUCAGAAGCUGAGGACCUUUCUGAGGACCACUCUGCGGGGGUCCACCCCCACCUCCCUCUCUUCUUCCUGAACCAUUGUGAACUUCGACGAUAGUGACUGAUUGGACACUGCAUCUGCCAGUCUCAGCUGAUUCUAGACUACAGGGCCCCCGUGGAUCUGAGCCACACACCAUGACUUGCUGAAGCCCCACUUGCUGCUACCCACCCCCCUUCUCCUCAUUGAAGAUGGUCCCUCCGGAACAGACGAGGUGGCGCCUCCUGCUGGCAGCCCUCACACUCACUUCCUGUCUACUGUCCACCUCAGCCACAGCCCCGCCCUUCCCAAAAGACCUGGAGCCAAUCAACGUUGUCCGAUGGGAGCACUCCUACCUGUACCCAGGGUUCCAGGGGCUGGUGUCGGACAACGACACAUUCAGACUAGGCCUGGACUUCCAGAGGAUGCUGAGGAUCAACCAUAUGCUCUACAUCGCUGCCAGGGACCAUGUUUUUGCAGUAAACCUGACCACAGCUGGUGACGACUUCGUCCCCCAGCUGAAGCUGACAUGGAGGUCCAAGGAUGUGGCCAAGUGUACCGUGAGGGGUAGAAACAGCGAUGAAUGCUACAACUAUGUCAAAGUGCUGGUACCGCGGAACGACGAGACCCUAUUUGCUUGCGGCACUAAUGCCUUCAACCCCACCUGCCGUAACUACAAGAUGACCACCCUGGAGCAGGUUGGCGAGGAGGUGGUGGGUCAGGCGCGCUGUCCCUUCGAGUCGGGUCAAUCCAACCUCGGCCUCUUUGCUGGCGGUGAUUUCUACUCUGCCACCAUGACCGACUUCCUGGCCAGCGACGCUGUCAUCUAUCGUAGUCUUGGCGACGACAGCCCCGUCCUGCGGACCGUCAAGUACGACUCCAAGUGGCUCCGAGAGCCCCAUUUCCACCAUGCGAUCGAGUAUGGAAAUUAUGUCUACUUUUUCCUCAGUGAGAUUGCAGUGGAGUACACCACACUGGGCAAGGUGGUGUUCUCUCGUGUGGCGCGGGUGUGUAAGAACGACAACGGCGGCUCUCCUCGGGUGCUGGAGCGUUACUGGACCUCCUUCCUGAAGGCGCGGCUCAACUGCUCGGUGCCCGGCGACUCGUUCUUUUACUUCGACGUGCUGCAGUCGCUCACCAACGUGCUACAGAUCAACCAGCGCCCCGCGGUGGUGGGAGUGUUUACUACGCAAGCUAACAGUAUCCCUGGCUCAGCAGUGUGUGCCUUCUACAUGGAUGACAUAGAGAAGGCCUUUAAUGGGAAGUUUAAGGAGCAGAAAACCAGUGACUCAGCCUGGACCCCAGUACCAGAGGAACAGGUGCCCAAGCCUAGACCUGGUUCCUGUGCCGGUGACGGCCUGGCCUCUGCCUACAAGUCGUCCACCACCUUCCCCGACGACACGCUGACCUUCAUCAAGUCUUACCCUCUGAUGGACGAGGCGGUGCCCUCCGUCAACGACCGGCCCUGCUUCACCCGCACCACCAGCAGGUACAAGCUGACUCAGAUUGCGGUGGACACCUCUGCCGGGCCGUCUAAGGACCGCACUGUGGUCUUCCUGGGCUCAGAGGAUGGCAGGGUCCUGAAGGUGUUGUCCAGCACUCAUCGUAACGCCUCCUUUGGCUCCCAGCUCCUGGAGGACAUAGAUGUGUAUAACCCCUCAAUGUGUAACAUUCAGGGGCAGGAGGACCGGAGGAUUCUGGGAAUGGAGCUGGAUAAGGAGCAUCAUGCCUUGUUCGUGGCCUUCACCAGCUGUGUCAUCAGAGUACCACUCAGCCGCUGCACUGAGCACGGCGCCUGUAAAAAGAGUUGUCUGUCCUCCCGCGACCCGUACUGCAUCUGGCUCCGGACCGGGAGCUGUGCCAACAUGGCGCCAGGGUUCAAGGCUGGCUUUGAGCAGGAUAUCGAGGGAGACCACUCACUGUACCCUGAGAGCUGCCUUGCAGAUGUUCUGGCGACCAAGCGAAACCAGAACCCCGCGGCAGACUCAGCCUACGGUGUCCGAAGGCUCCCUGACAUGGAGAAGUCCAGCCCCAGCGUCCACUACACCCUCCUGAUCGCCUGCGUCCUGGUUGCCUUUUUCCUCGGUGCCAUCCUCUCCGGCUUCCUGGUGUCAUGCUACUGCAGUCACAACGCCCGCCGUGCCCACCGGCUUGGCAAGGACCCUGAGGCAUCCCUCCACCCCGCCCUCUCGCUGCGCAGCCUGGCCAAGCUAAAUGGCCUGCUGGACGGCCAGCCGAAAGAGGAGAAGCUGGACGUGUCUACGCCCAAGAUGUACAGCUCCUUCGUUCCCAACGGGAAGGAGCACACUCCGGGCAGGCACAGGAUGUCACUGGGAGACCCUGACCUUAACCUCUCCCAGGGGGAGAACCUCUCAGGCCUACCCACCCCUGACUCCACCCCGGAGCUGCCGAUCAAGAACAUGAAGGCCUUCCGGAACCAGUGGGAGAGGAACCAGAACUGCAACAACGCAAAGGAGUCUAAGGCACCGCCUGGUAUCGGUUUCGGCCUGGGUUCGUCGAGGUCCAGCUCGGGGGUCACCCAGCAGGUGUUCCCCUUCUCCCACAGCCUGACCAACGGCCAAGCCCUCGGGCACCUGCCCGAGGAGAGGAAGAUCCCCAACGACGAGCGUGCAAAGGGGGCUUCGGCCUCCCAGUCCUCCUCCUGCUACCCGCAGACGGUGGUGGAUGUGGCGGCCCUGGACGAGCUCCUCAAGCACAUCCACGAGGUCAGCGCCUCAGGCAGCCACAGCAUCACUGUGCUGACCUCACCGUGUGCUCCCUUGCCGGGUAGCUCCAGCUCCAGCCAUAACCACAGUCACAGCCAGAGCAGCUUCAGGUCCCAGCCCCAGAUCCCUGAGAUGGAGUCGGCCCAGUACUACAGCUCCUCCACCCUGCCCAGGGACAGUCUGACCCGCCGCCUGGAUGUGCCCCCAGACGCUGCUGCCGCCUCCUCAGCUGGCGCCACCCCGCUGCAGCAGCAGUCCAUCCCCGAGCGGAGCUCAGUGACUCGCCACCACUCCCAGAGGCAUUUAAUGAUCAAGAUGGGCAACGGAGGGGCCGUCCCGCGCCAGCACAGCUUCAGACAGGGCGGGGUUGGGCCACCACCCCACCAGCUGCUCACCCGGAUCAACUCUGGAGGUGGUGGUGGCGGCGGGGGAGGGGUUGGCUUUGAAGCCCACCGGCCACUCAUCCCCAGUGCCUGCCUGACACGGCAGCACAGCUACAGCGAACCGCCCCACCUCCACCGCCCCGCUAUUGUACGCCGCACGGCCUCCCUCAAGCCCCAGGUACCCCCCAAGCCCCUCUUCCUGCCCGCCACUUCGCCCGUAAACGAGCAAGGCAAUUACAACUACUGAGAGCUUGGAGUCGGACUGAGAGGCCCCAAAACGACAGACGAUGUAUCCUCGCUCCUCUCAGAGUUAGGGCAACACCCCUGUGACGGGGGGUUGAGUGGGGUUCGAGGGGGCAACAACCGGGACUGGCAUAUCUUUUGACGAGACGGCCGACAAUAGCCUCCACACCUGAUGAAUGUCCUUAUACCAUAUUGGUAUUAUUGCAAUGCUACUUGAUCACAGGACAGUGAUGGAUUAACAGCAUAUAGAACAUGUGGUAGUAUUGAAUUGACUUGGAGGAUCUGUACCCUCGUUUGAGGCCAAAGAAUAGAGUAACAGGGGCCCAAAACUCAAUGUAAAGGACAGAUCGCAAGUCGGCCACCAAAGCUGUGAACAAUGCCUGCUUUAGCUUGGACCCAAGGCCUCAACUUAAGAGAGCACCUCACAACACAAACAGUGCUUAUCCUGCCUGUAAUGUAUGUAUACUGUAUGCCUGUGUGUAUACAUGUAUAUGCACUUCAUGUUAAGAUACCAGAGGGCGGAACCAAGAAGCAGCUACAUUAACUGUGGUGAGAUGGUCAACUCCUAGCCAUUUCUUAACCCUCUUAUGACAGAGAUACCAUGGAGGCCCCACUCAGUACACACAUUCGGUAUAUACAUCCCUCGACGAGGGAUUUAGCAAUAACUUACCGUUGUGCAGUUAAGUAUCAACUGUACCCCUUGAUAUAAGGGUAAGUAUUAUACUUCUUGCAGCAUACCAUAAGAAAUGACCACUUCGAUAAUGCUUGGAAAAUUAUUAAUUCUGUAUUAGUGGAAUGAUGCUGAGGAACGAGACACAUGGCGUCAGUAUAGACCCAUCAUGCAUCAUAGCGUUACUAUUAUGUUUGUCCCUGGUGGAUGGGGGCUCCGCUAGCCUGUGACAGAAGGCCGCCUCGGGGCCUGAUGAGUUAGGAGAAUCCUUGCCCUGCAUUUGGAAUUCUUACUUUUUGGACAUAAAUGCUACGAUAACUCCAGAGGAAUUUAACAAGCCCCCAAUAUGACUGUCAUUGUCAUUCAAGAAGAGGAUGCAGUACACUGCAACCUCGAAAAACAAUUUGUUUCAUCCUUAACACUUAGUGAGAAUUGGUUCCACAUUGAGGUGCAAUCAUUCAGGCUAUGUAUUAUAUUAGCAUUAUAAAAUGAUAUUUAGAAAGUCAAGUCUUAAAGCGGAGCCCCAAGAAACCACUCAUGGGCACAUAGCGCCCUCUUGUGGACAAGCCCUUAAUAACUGUGUAAUAAAGUCAGUAAUUAUGUUUACCAUAUCGCUAUUAACAUUGUGGAUGUUGUUGUAAAUAAAGGCAUCUGUGGAAUAA